AUGACCAAAAAACCUGUUGAAGCUUUUUUACUUAAAUGGAAUCGAGUGAAUUUAGGAAUAGUCGGUGCAUGGCCAGAGCCAAACGAAAAACAUGAACGUUUAUCAUUAUUUUUAUCAAUAUUAACGGAAUUAAAUAUGAUUGUAGUUAACAUAAUACCGCAAACAAUAUUUCUCUUUCAAGUCUACACAAAUUUUGAAUUAGUAAAUGAAAGUCUGACGUUAGCCAAUAUUCCAAUAUUAAUGGAAUUAUUGAAAUUAAUUGUUAUUCGCAAUAGAAGAAAAGAUUUAAAGAAAUUGGUUGCUUCAAUUUACGAUGAUUGGAAUCGUUCAAAAAGUAAAAUGGAAAUAGAAUUAAUGAGAAGUGAUGCUGAAAUUGCAAAAACAAUUUCUAUUACUUCCUUCAUUAUCACAGCAUCAGCAAUUGGAUCGCAUAUUUUUGAACGUACUUUUGUAAAUAGUAGACGUGCUGAAAGGGAUAGAGAAUUAUUUUAUAUCGCUUAUUAUCCAUAUGACUUUUUAAAAAGUCCUGCCUAUGAAAUAACUUGCUUUCUUCAAUGCUCUGGAGCCAGUUAUUCAUUUGCGUCAACAAUUGAGGACACAUUUAAUCAUGUAUUUCUUGUGGAAAUGAUACUAUAUUCUUUGCAAUUAUCAAUGCAAUGUUAUAAUCUCAUGCUUAUGCACAGAACAAAUACAAUUACUUUUUUGGAUUUUUUCUUCUGUCUGGCUUACAUUUUUACUAUUUUAGCAAAUCUGUUUGUUGUAUGCUAUCUUGGGGAAAAGUUAAAAAUUGCAGUUUUUAAGUUACAAUACAGUGUUUACAAAAGUAAAUGGUACAAUUUACAGACACUGGAUGCUAAAAAUUUAAUAAUGCUAUUUUUAAAGACCGAAUCACCAUUGGAAAUAACUGCUGGAAAAUUCUGUGUAUUUUCUUAUGAGACUUUUGCUAUGAUAAUUAAGAAAUCAGUUGCUAUUUUGUCGGUAUUUUUAACGAUGCAACAAAAAGUGUAACAGUAUUGUGACAAUAAGAAAUUUAUAUUUUUACAAGGACUUGAUUAAUUUGUUUUUUGUACACUGACAGUUAUAUAGAUAAUUUAUUACAAAAUAAAAAGACGCAUCGUGAGAAGAAAGGGUUUCAUCGCAAUGAUUGGAAGGAAAAAAAAUUUUUUUACUCAGAAAAUAAUAUUUUACGUUUACAUUAUUUUUCUUUCUUAACUUGUUGAUUAAGAAACAUUGUAAAAAUUUUUUU